ACUCUCCUUCACUUCUCUCCUGCUCCUUCCUUCUAUUUAAUCCAUUCUCAUCUUUCAUUAGCCACAGUGCCCUUUCUCCAAUUCAGUUAUCUCUGCUCCUUUGAGCCUUUCUAGCCAAAAGCAAACACCAGCUACAGGCCAAUCACACACUCUUUUUUGCCUAUUUCUUUUCCUUUCUUUUCGGGUGUUGGCCACCCACCCACUCAACACGAUUUUUCACUUACUAAUACAAACACAGGCCAUUGGUCGGUUUCAGAGAUGAGCACCAUGCACAUAGAAACCCCACAAACCUUGGCUGAUGGCAGCAAGAACAAUUUCGAUGAAGAUGGACGAGCUAAAAGAACAGGGACAUGGGUGACCGCAAGUGCUCAUAUCAUAACGGCGGUGAUUGGUUCAGGAGUUCUUUCUCUUGCAUGGGCAAUUGCGCAGAUGGGUUGGGUGGCUGGUCCUGCAGUGCUUUUUGCCUUCUCUUUUAUCACAUAUUUCACUUCCACUCUUCUCGCUGAUUGUUACCGUUCACCUGACCCUGUCCAUGGCAAGCGAAACUACACAUAUUCUGAGGUUGUCAAAGCCAACUUAGGAGGUAGAAAAUUCCAGCUUUGCGGAUUGGCUCAGUAUAUAAAUCUUGUGGGGGUAACCAUCGGCUACACAAUAACUGCAUCUAUCAGUAUGGUGGCGGUGAAGAGGUCGAACUGUUUUCACAAACAUGGACAUGGAGACAAGUGCAACAUAAAUAACUACCCUUUCAUGAUCGUCUUUGCCUGCAUCCAAAUUGUUCUUAGCCAAAUUCCAAACUUCCAUAAACUCUCUUGGCUCUCUAUUGUUGCAGCUGUUAUGUCUUUCGCUUAUUCUUCCAUUGGCCUUGGCCUCUCCCUUGCCAAAGUCGCAGGUGGGGGACACGUGCGAACAACCUUAACAGGGGUGGAAGUUGGGGUGGACGUUUCGGGAAUAGAAAAAGUUUGGAGGAUGUUUCAAGCUAUCGGUGACAUUGCCUUCGCUUAUGCUUUUUCUAAUGUGCUCAUUGAGAUCCAGGACACCCUGAAAUCAAGUCCACCAGAGAACAGAGUGAUGAAGAGAGCAAGUUUGAUUGGGAUAAUGACGACAACAUUAUUUUAUGUAUUAUGUGGGUGCUUAGGAUAUGCUGCAUUUGGAAAUGAUGCUCCAGGAAAUUUCCUCACAGGGUUCGGCUUCUACGAGCCCUUUUGGCUAAUAGACUUGGCCAAUGUCUGCAUUGCAGUGCAUUUAAUUGGCGCAUACCAGGUGUUUGUGCAACCUAUAUUUGGGUUUGUGGAGAAAUGGAGCAAAGAAAAAUGGCCAGAAAGCCAAUUUAUAAAUGGAGAGCAUGGUGUGAAGGUUCCUUUGUGUGAAAGCUUUAGCGUGAAUUUUUUUAGGAUGUUGUGGAGGACAACGUAUGUGGUUAUCACUGCUAUUCUAGCUAUGUUAUUUCCAUUCUUCAAUGACUUUCUGGGGCUCAUUGGUUCACUCUCAUUCUGGCCUCUGACGGUUUACUUCCCAAUAGAGAUGUACAUUAAGAAAUCGAAGAUGCAAAGAUUUUCCUUCACAUGGACAUGGCUCAAGAUUCUGAGUUGGGUCUGUUUGAUCAUUUCUAUUAUCUCAGCAGUGGGUUCCAUCCAAGGCCUUGCUGUUGAUCUCAAGAAAUACAAGCCCUUCCAAGCACAGCAAUAGAACACAACAUUCAUGUUUUGUUCCAACCUUUCCGUUUUUACUAUGAUGUUUUCAAAUAGUGUGACUCCAAAUCGAGACAGCUUGUUAAAACCUAAGCAAUAAUGAUAUGUAUACCUGUUUAAUUUCCAAUCUUACAUUGUUUUGUCCUGA